AUGCAAGCGUUUAUGAUCGUUUUCUUCGCCAUCCAAAUCCUCGGCUUCAUUUCCAGUUGGAUCUUUUGGAAACAGAUGCAAUGGAUAAAUGAGCGCUACAAUGAAUACAGGAGAGCCCAGGGAUUAGAGCACAAAGAUAUGAUGCUGAGUUCUAGCAUCCCCUUCUAUGUGUCAUUUCUUUUCAUGUUCUGGAUGAAUUUUGUGGUCUUUCAAUAUUAUCGUUAUGUCAGAGAUCGUCAGCUGGUAAUUGAGCAAUGCCGGCAGCGACUACCUAUUUACAGGCAACCGCUGAAGGCC